UGCAUCUCAUCCACAAAGGCUGCGGCUUACAAAAAAAGGGGCCUUUUGUGGAAGGGAUAAUCUGAUAAUAAAUUGACCUGUCAUUUAAGAUACAUCUGCAAGGGUCGUUUCCUAAUGUCUGUGUUUACUGAAAGGACCUUGAGGUUGGUCUGACUUCUCGGUCUCCUUCUGUUUCUUUCUCUUUCUUUUUGUGAGGUGAUGACUAACUCCUUUUGACCAGCACACUUUUCCACAGUUCCCAGUUUACUCAGAUAGAUUAAUGACUCCCCCAUUUGUGUGCGUGUGUAAGAGUGUGUGUGUGUGUGUGUGUGCCUAGUGGAGCAUCUGUGUGCAUUUCCGCCAUGAAUGGCUGGUCUUUCAGGGACACUGGCGGCUACCUGAGUUAAAACAGCCAGCUUUUGUAUGGGUCUCUGUCUACUCUCAUCUAAAGCAAAUUAGAAAUCAGGAGCGGGGAAGAAUUUGAGCUUCCUCCUGCCAUUUGCAGCGUAGCAUUAUAGUAAACCUGCCCAGUGUGCUCUUAUCUGAGACAUGUUGACUGAAAUGACUGUCAUUAUGGUGCCACUCUUUGAGCUGGUCUGUAAUGAAACCCUAGCCACAGUGAUCUCAAACUGCCAUAUUAUCAGCUAUAAAUCUUUCCCAAAGAUGCUUUCUGCAGUCCAUCUGCUUGAGUCCUUAAUCUUGGUUUAACUAUUAGCAUGUGCGGUGUGACUUCAGAGGGCUUAGCAUGUCAUGGGAAGCAUAUGACUAAAAUCAUAAUUAUACAUUAAAAAAAGGUCUUUUUCAUUACUGAAUUUACAAUUUGGUCAUAAUCAAAAUUAGUAAUAUUCAGGAAAUCCUUGAAUCUAAAACCAACAUUUCAGUCCUUGUGUUAUAUCACUGCUGAAAAGACCAGCAUGGACCAAUAUUUCAGUUCUAGUUUAUGCUGGGUAGGACUAGUUCUGUACUGGUCAGCACCAUGUUCACCCGCUGAUACUACAAUGCAUUUUUGAAGAAAUAAAAGAUAGGGUAGGCGAUUUUAGAGAGGUUUGCAAUAGCAAGCUAGCUUUAAAAGCAUAAGAUUCCACCCUGCCUGCAUAAUCACUCUCCAAAGCCAUGCCUCCUCCAAAACACAUGACCGAGCAGAGGCUAAACAGUGACAUGAUGAGAGAUGGCGUUGUUGGAGGGUUGAAUUCAAUGCUGUCAGAUCACCUCAUGUCUCAUUCACUGGUGAGAAAAUAUUACAGCACAAAGCUCAUAAUGGAACGUGCAUGGAGGUGUGCAAAUACAUAUGUUGAAAGGCAGGUAGGACAGCCCUCGGUUUGAGGGAAAUGAUUGGAUGACCAUUUUAUGGUCCUACACCUUCCGCAGAUGAUAUCAUUACAAAUAAAUACAUUUACACCAAUUAACUUAGGUAUUGCUUUUGGUAUGUGAAGAGACUUUUUCAACCAGCAUUACAAAAAAUGUUUUUGAACCAAAUGACCUGACCUGCUUUUAACUAAGAAGUUGUGACUAUUUCCUAAAACUGUAUAAUAAGUUAGUCGCCUUCUGCUAAUUCAUCAAUUCAUAAUUAAUGUAUAUAGUUCAUUCAUUAAUAAAAAAAAAAAGCUUGUAAAUGGUGUUCAUUGUAUUUAUCCAGCAUCUUUCUCCACAGUGUAAUAUCUCUGAAAUGCUGCUGUAAUGAACAUGUUAUCUCAGGACUGCUUCACUAUUAAUCCAUCAGGUUUUGCUUUAUUUGAUGUUUGAUUCAUUGCGGGUUCCCUCUUGUGUUGUACUCCUGGUUUCCCUUAUGCAUUUCUGCACAUAUGCACUCUUUAAAAAUGGUGCUGAUUGUUGACAUGCUAAAAUAUAUUGAUUGAAAUGUGUAUAUAUAUUUUUUUCAAAUGAAAUUGAAUGUAUAGAAUGUGCUGCAUGUAAGAAUAUUACUGUGCUCAACAGAAUUAUCUAAGUCCACAUCAUACUAACACGAAACCACAUGUCGAAAGCUGUUGUUCCGACAUGUUUGCAAAAGUUAGUUGGAACUAUGGUUUCAGGAAAUGCCUAAUCUGUGAAUUUACAUGUGCGACCAUAUUUGGUGUAUGAUGCUUUUGAGAAACGCACAUCAAAUUAAGACAUUAUAACUUUGUUUUCUUACUAAAUUAAACCAUUGAUUUUAAUAGACAGAAAUCUAGUUUUGGCGUGUCAUGACAUGUCCCACGUGGCAGGUGUGAACAUGGUGUUAGUUGGUGAAGAUUUUCCAACAUGGUCUUUAAAAAGCCUGGUGCUACACCAGCAUCCAAAACACAACAUAUGCUGGUCUUUUCAGCAGGAAUACAUCUGUAAAUCAGUUCUAUAAAUGUGUGGACCUGACACAAAUCUCUCAGCAUCCAUGUAGACUGUUUGAAUUAAACUUGCCAAAAAGUGCAAACUGAACAUUGACAAUGAAACCUUGUCUGUUUGCGUUUAGGUGACAAGCAUGGAUCAGAGUGUGAAGGACAAAGCUCUUCAGAGUAUGGCCUCCAUGUCCUCGGCACAGAUUGUUUCUGCCACCGCCAUCCACAACAAGCUGGGUCUUCCGGGCAUCCCGCGUCCUGCUUUCCCCGGAGCAGCAGGGUUUUGGCAGGGCAUGAUAUCCACGGGCCAGCCUGGAUCCUCACAAGACAUCAAGCCAUUUGCUCAGCAAGCGUACCCCAUCCAGCCAGCAGUCACAACUACAAUCUCAAGUUAUGAGCCCCCGACAGCGCCGGCGCCCACGAUGCCCGCCUGGCAGGGCCGAUCUAUCGGCACAUCCAAACUCAGACUGGUGGAGUUCUCUGCUUUUCUUGAGCACCAGAGAGAUCCGGAUUCUUAUAACAAGCAUCUUUUCGUGCACAUCGGUCAGACUAAUUACUCUUACAAUGAUGCCUUGCUUGAGUCAGUGGACAUUCGUCAGAUCUACGACAAAUUCCCUGAGAAGAAGGGAGGGCUGAAGGAAUUGUUUGGCAAGGGUCCUCAGAAUUCAUUCUUUCUCAUAAAGUUCUGGGCUGACUUGAACUGCAACAUUCAGGAUGAAACUGGGGCAUUCUAUGGAGUGAGCAGUCAGUACGAGAGCCCGGAGAACAUGACCAUCACCUGCUCCACAAAGGUUUGCUCGUUUGGCAAACAGGUCGUGGAGAAAGUGGAGACAGAGUACGCUCGCUUUGAGAACGGACGCUUUGUUUACCGGAUAAGUCGGUCUCCAAUGUGUGAAUACAUGAUCAACUUCAUCCACAAACUCAAACACCUGCCUGAGAAAUACAUGAUGAACAGCGUCCUGGAGAACUUCACCAUCUUAUUGGUGGUGACUAACAGAGACACACAGGAGACCCUGCUGUGCAUGGCCUGUGUGUUCGAAGUGUCAAACAGCGAGCACGGAGCCCAGCAUCACAUCUACAGACUAGUGAAGGAAUGAAGCAGCUCUUUCACACAGACUCUGGACCUCACUACAGUGGCAGUGCCUCUAGCUCAACACUCACUCAAGAUGACUUUUCCCUCACAUUUGGGUGAUGCUUAUAAUUAUAUAUAUAUAUAUAUAUAUAUAUAUAUAUAAAUAUAUUUUUUCUUUAUUAAUAUGUGUUUGACGUUUAACUGCAGCUGUGAAUCGCGGUACAGUUGUAUUAUGUUUUAACACAGGAAAGAAUGUCAAAGAAUGCGAUUCAACAUUCAUUCAUUCAUUCGUAGACUAUACAUAUAAAGUGGCAGUAUCAUUCAACUUAAAGGCUAGGUUGAGUUCGAAUGAAUCUGAAAACGACCUCAUUUAGAAUUGUAUUUUUGUUUAUCUUGAAAGCGUACACAUAUGGGUGCAGCCAUAAAUGUGUGUACAGAUGAAUACACAUGCUCGCAUACGUAGGUAUUUCUCCCAAAGUAAAAGUAUUGGAGGAAUUUCCUCCUGUAACCGAUUUAUUGAAAAGAAAAAGAAAACAAAUGAUCGUGGCCAUCGGUAAAAAAAACCGCUCCUGCAUUCCGAACGUUCAGGGAAUUCAGAAGCCCAGCCCUUGAAAAUAAUGACUCUGUACAAACUACUUUUUCUCCUUCGUUGAGGAAUUACUGCACUGUGAUAUGAAAUGUUUGUAUCAACCUGUGUCUGUUUUCAUGUGUCAUCACCUGCAAUAAGAAAAUGCAGAGAAUCGACCCCUUACUGUUGACUGUACAGCUAAACGCCUCCUGCAAACACGCUUGUGUGAAAGGUAACUCUAGAAACAAGAAGCACUGCAUUAACCACCAGGGGUUGAUGGACGAUCCAUCAGACUGACCUGAGCACUUGGACUGUGUUUGCCGCUGGGAAAGCCACACGUUUUACCAAGCCCAUCCCUGAAUGUGCUGUUCAUCCUCUGUAAGAAUCUGUCCCAGAGUUCCUGGCUGCCUUUGACAUCCCCACACAGCCCACGUCUCUGUGGCCUGAUCGAUUUCUACGACCGCAAGCCUUAAUAACGGUUGUGUGAACUCCAAAAGAUGCCACUUAAACUGUGAUCUCUUUCCUAAGCUGGAAGACUUUCUUGUUAUCGUCACUUGUUGUAGGAGUUGCACAGUACAAACCUGCCAAAGUGUAACAAUAUACAGCACAGUGCCUUAGCGUAUGAAGCGGAUGUGGAUGAGCGCAGUCGUUUUGGGGGAAAAGUAACACUGAAGGUGUGGUCACAUUUACUGUUGCUAGUCAAAGUUUGCAGAUUAAAUCAAAUGUUUUGAUAGGAAUCUGUGUGAAAAAUUCCCCAUGCAGAUUUUGCUCUUUUUCAAGUUAUUUUCAUGUGAGUUUGCUGAACUGAGCAGAUGCUUGGUUUGACAGUGACUUCUGUGUGAGCUGUGCUUUAUACAUCAAUGCAAGAAUACAAAUUUCGCUGCAGUUUAGCAAAUAUGACCACACCUUACCAUUCUACGAGUCAUCUUUAUAAAAGAGCACUGACCAUUCGGUUGACCUUUCACUCUCAGAGACGGGAGACAUAUUUAGACAUACAGAUCUUGCCUUUCUUAUAGGAAAAGACCAAAAAGUUGAAGGAGAUGCAUUGAGCUCCUCUUUAUGUUCUGCACUGUAGCAUGAAAGUGCCUUUGGUUCCAUUUUUCCAGCUUAGAAAAGACUGAUAUAGAAAACCAAAAAAAAAAAAAAAAGUGGAUGUAGGUCAAAUAUUCACCACAUUGCCUUCGUAAGAAUUUUAUAGAAAAACAACAUGGGCUAGUGAGUGGAUAUGUUCUGAAAUAAAGUUAUGUAAUAAUUAUUAAUAACACAUUUCUAUCAGCAUUUAAUUUGGUGGAUGUGGCGAACUUUUUCUUUUUUUCUUUCGAACUGUGAACUUCGGUUCCAUUCUAUGAGAGAUUUAUUUGACAUAAGAGCUUUAGCUACUUUUCAAGUGCAUAAUCAAAUUGUGUAAGUGGAAAACCUCACAGCACCUCGGAGAUUACGAUCGCUGAAUGCUGUUUGCUUUUCCCUUUCUUCUUGUUUCAAGCCAUUUCAAUGUCUUAUUUUUCUUUUGUGAAUAUAGUAAACACUAUAUUAAGUGACGCCAAGGUGUGUUGCUCCUCAGACCUUAAAGAUGGUCAAGGAUAUUAACCGCAGAGUCAUGUGUAGGCUACGUUCUUCACAGACAAAGCUGGCUUCACCAAACCAUAUCAUCUUAACUGCAUAAUUUAUUCAUGCUGUUCAUUAAAGUGGAGCGAACCCUCAAAGUGUGAGAGACUUGAGUUAGAUUUCCAGCUGUGUAUGUUGUAGCGCUUCAAGUGAACUGUGGAGUCAAGUACGCGCCAUAUCCAAACGGCAGACGAUGUUGAUUGUUUCGUGUUUGCCGUGCCUUCGCCCUUCGUUCUUGUUCACGUUUCAUAUGGAGAUCUUCCCAUAUUGUUCUACAUGUGCGCGAUGGUUUUGUGAAGAUGUCAGUAUGUAUAUUCGGAGCCCGUUUGGUUGGGGAUACUGUUAUUGCAGCGCUGCUGGUGCAUCUGCUACAUCCGUUCCUCCUUAACAGUCCCCUUCACUUCUCUAGGGAUCUGAGAACUAAUGCCUUUAAUAUGAUGAAUGUUAAACGGACAUUGUUUUGCUAGUAACGGACACUAAGCAAGGAUUUGUGCUGAAUCCGGACUACAGUAUGUCAGCAGUUUAGCUUCUGUUUUUUGAUCUCUGUUUGUAUUUUGUCUAUGUGUAGGUACUGGUACCUCAUAUGUUCAUUACCAUUUAAGAUGUUGGCUUUAAAGUGAACUUUUCUCUAGUUCGGAUAGUAUCAUAAAAAGAUAUUGGGUUUGUGUGCAGAGA